AUGGCCUCCAUCGCCCGCACCCUCAACAUCGCCAGGCCCGCGGCUCUGCGCCUCACUGCCCGUGCCACCGCCCCGGCUGCCACCCGCAUGUCCCUCCGGUCCUUUUCCACCACCAAGAAUGUCUUUGUCAAGAUGUACACCAAGGAGCACGAGUGGGUCGACCUCUCUGCUGACCACAAGACGGCCGUCGUGGGCAUCUCCGAGUACGCGGCCGAGCAGCUCGGCGACGUCGUCUACGUCGAUCUUCCCGAGAUUACUGGCGACUGGAUCGACCAGGGCGACACCAUCGGCGCCGUCGAGUCGGUCAAGUCGGCCAGCGACAUCAACUCGCCCAUCAGGUGCAAGGUGACGGCCGUCAACUCCAACCUGGAGGAGAAGCCGUCCAUCAUCAACCAGGUGCCCGAGGAUGACAGCAACGGCGGUGGUUGGAUUGCCAAGGUCGAGGUCGACGAGGAGGCUGUGAAGCAGAUCGAAACCCUCAUGGACGCUGACGCCUACAAGGCGUACGCUACCCACGACGACUAA